AUCAAAAGCAGAGGCAAAGCGAACACCAAGUUAUAUUCGCUUAACCUAGGUUCGAGAAGGUUUUCCCUCCUACAACCGCUAGAACGGUUAAGUUUGCCGCUAUAUAACGUAAUCCAGCCUCACACCCUCUAUAGGGUAGGUUAGUGUCAUCGGUUACGCGUGCGGUUACAUACCCCAGCUAAGCUUAACCACGUCUGCAGGAUCACAUGUAGAUACAUCUAAACAAGCUUGUUCUCACUUUGCUUUAGUUCUGGCUUUGGCAGGUUUGAAGCGCCCCAUGUUGCCUUUGAAAGCAUCCUUUCAAUCUUUCAAAGUUGCGCAGAAGAUCAAUCUAUGUAGUUCAUCGUCCACGCAGCCUCGGUGCACAAAAGCCGAUUGGAGACAUUUCUAAGCCGGAUUGAAUCACCGGUUGACUCCUUUGAGUUGCUGAGUAAUCAGCAAGUUAGACAACUUUCAACAGGAGCAAUUGCUGGAGCUCCACGUUGAUCACAGCCCAGAGUUUCAAGCUGAAAAGAGUUAGAGGGAGGGGAAGUGCAAAAGGAAAGCUGCAUUGAAAGCCCGGGCAGGAUUGCGAUUCCUUGAUCCCGCAAAGAUGAACUACCUGAUCGGCCUUGCUGGGCCCCCCUGCACUGUGAAUAUAACGUUUGCGGACGGGGACACGCGGAAGACUACCACCGUGAAGAAGGAGAACGGCACCACCGAGCUGGUGGCGCUCUUUUCAGGGCAGGAGACGGUCGCCGGCGAGGUGCAAAUCGACCCCCUGCCCGGAAAGAAGGUGGAGCACACGGGCAUCAAGAUCGAGCUGCUGGGCCAGAUCGAGCUCUACUUCGACCGCGGCAACUUUUACGACUUCACGUCGCUCGUGCGCGAGCUCGACGUGCCGGGCGAGAUCAAGGACCGCAAGACGUUCGGCUUCGAGUUCUCCAACGUCGAGAUGCAGUACGAAUCGUACAACGGGGUCAACGUGCGCCUGCGGUAUAUCCUCAAGGUCACGAUCAGCCGGAGCUACGCGGCCAACAUCGUCAAGGAGAAGGACUUUUGGGUGCGCAACAUGUCGCCGCCGCCCGAGAUCAACAACAGCAUCAAAAUGGAGGUCGGGAUCGAGGACUGCCUGCACAUCGAGUUUGAGUACAGCAAAGCCAAGUACCACCUGAAGGACGUGAUCGUGGGCAAAAUUUACUUCUUGCUGGUGCGAAUAAAGAUCAAGCACAUGGAGCUCGAGAUCCGGCGGCGAGAGUCCACCGGCUCAGGGCCCAACACGUACAACGAGAGCGAGACGCUCGCCAAGUACGAGAUCAUGGACGGCGCGCCCGUCAGAGGCGAGUCCAUCCCCAUCCGAUUGUUCCUCAGCCCCUACGACCUCACGCCCACGUACCGCAACAUCAACAACAAGUUCAGCGUCAAAUACUACAUCAACCUAGUUCUCGUGGACGAGGAGGAGCGACGGUACUUCAAGCAGCAGGAGAUCACGAUGCUCCGGUUAGAAUGACAGGACAAUUUCGCUGAGUAGCGUUGCUUUUCUGCAUGGAACGUUGUGUGGGUUCAGAGUGUACAGAAUAAAGUGCAGGGUGACACAAACGACUCAGCAAUACUCGUGGUCGCAACUUCGGUUUGAAGCUUCACUUGUGUCGGCUCGGAUAUGAUGCAUGAUGCAUCCGAACAUAGGCGCAAGAAGUAUAAGCGUGUCAUGUCGCAC